GUUGAUGUGGUUGGGGCUUGCGAUGCAGACGCAUCCUACACGUGUGCUCGCGUGCAUUUUCUAAUCCAUUCCAUACGCGUGCAUAUGAAUGUGACGCAGAGAGAAUGGCAUUCUUUUGAAAAAUGCGGCUGCUAAGCAAAAUUUAAAGUGGUCAAAAGGAACAAAAUUAGGAAUCGAAAAAUAUGGGUGAUAAAAUAAGUAUUAUGUGCAAGCCAAUACUUUUGUUGGACUCUAUGAUUAAAGAAAGAGCCAUUAAAGAUUUUUCUGACGAAAAGGAUUUAAACGAAGAGGAACUAAAGAAACUUGUUGAUUCAGAGGGUUUGGAUAAAAAUAUUGUUCUCAAGAUCUCUUUUGAGCAACAUAAUUUAUUGAAUAUCGGGAAUGUCUGGAAGUUUCCUCUUGUUACAAAGCUUCAAUUGUCUGACAAUUUUAUUGAAGAAAUUGAGUGUUUGGAAUUUUUAGUAAAUUUACAGUUUUUAGAUUUGUCUUUCAAUGCCAUCAAGCUUAUAAAAGGAUUCAAUGAUUUAAUUUGUCUGAAAUUUCUGAAUUUAUCUUUCAAUAAAAUAGAAAUUCUCCAAAAUAUGGAAUCAUUGAAAAAAUUAGAGACAUUUUUAGUUAGAUACAACAACCUAAAAUCUUUUGACAAUAUCAAUUAUUUGACUCAGUUUAAGAACCUGAUUAGUCUUGGUAUUCAAGGAAAUCCUCUUAAAGAUUUAUCUGAUGUCAGACUUCACAUAAUUUCAGUACUACCACAUCUAAAAUUGCUUGAUUUUGAAGAAGUAGCAGAAAAUGAAGUACAGAUAUCAUGUGAAAAAUUUCAAAAUAGAGUUGUGAACUGUAACGAUGUAGUAUCUCCUCGCACUAAUAUUUUUGAGAGGGACCCAGAAUGCAUUAACUCUUUUUCAAAAAAGCAUGUGUCAGACCAGGAGGCUUUUAUUGAUGGUCUAACAAGUGGCCGUGGUUUAGAAAAGCUGCUUGAAUAUGAUAGAAAUUUUUAUCUUCUUUACUCUUACCCUCCUGUUGCAAAAUAUACCGAUUAUCAUCGCAAAAAAGUUACUGAAGCAUUUGAUGACUGGCACCAGUAUGGUUUUAAAUAUUACCAACAAAUGGAGAAAGAGAAAGAAGAGUUCUUGAAAAUGAUUAAAGAAGCCCAUGUUUUUGUUCUAAAUAUUGUGAAAGAAGAAGAGUAUGAGUUUAUUAAUUUUAAGGAAAAUAUACCAAAAGAAUUGUGCCUGAUAAUUCAAAAAUACACAUCUUCCCUGGAAAUGGAUAAUAAAAUAAUGGAAUUGAAAGCCAAAUGGGAAGCAAGGUUGUUAAAUACUUACAGAAACUUUAUGAAUGCAUCAUCAUGUUUGUUGAUUGACCUUAUUCAGAAAUUGAGCAAAGUUUUUAAGCAAGAAAUGCUGAUUAUCAAAGCUAAGUAUCUAAAUGAUGUCGAAGCUUCUUAUAAAAUAAUUGUGGAACACAAUGACGUGUGCAUUUCUAAAUUGAUGACAUAUUAUUCUGACAUGUUUGAUAAUGGAACAACUCCUAAUAUUGAAGGUGCUGAAGGAAAUAGCCAAUGUCCCAAGCUUGAUCCAGAUUUAUUGCAGCUUUUGCGGAGGAAAGAAUAUGUUGAAACCGCAUUGCAUAUGGCAUCAAAAAUGCAAUCCACAUUAUUGCUAGAAAGAAUUGAGAAGUUAAAGUCUUCACUAAAUAAACUAAUGGAUGAUUCACUUGAUAUUGUUUAUAAACAUGAAUUUUAUACAAGGAGAAGCGAACUACAGAGAAACAUCAUAGUUUUUUGCAUGAAACAAAAAUUUGUCAUUAAUGAUUUUUUCAGUAGGAGUACAUCUCUUGAGCAGUAUUUGAAACAUAGUUAGUAUUGUAUGUGUUUUGAAAUAAAGUAAGUGUUUAAAGACUGAAA